CCCCGCCACGGCGCUUCCUCCCACUCUGCCUUCUCCCGCUCACUGUGCCCCUGCCCGGACUCGCACCUCGCCUGUGCCCUUCACUCGCUCUUCCGCGUGAUUUCCCCGCCGCCUUUCUCUACCAACUGGGAAUGCUAAAACGGGACUGAUGGACGUGUCAGAACUCUGCAUCCCGGACCCCCUCGGCUACCACAACCAGCUGCUGAACAGAAUGUCCGCGGACGACCGGCACCUGGGCUCCAGCUGCGGCUCCUUCAUCAAGACGGAGCCGUCCAGCCCAUCCUCGGGCAUCGACGCCCUCAGCCACCACAGCCCCAGCGGGUCGUCCGACGCCAGCGGUGGCUUCGGUCUGGCCCUGGGCGCCCACGCCAAUGGUCUGGACUCACCGCCCAUGUUCGCGGGCGCCGCGCUGGGGGGCACCCCGUGCCGCAAGAGCUACGAGGACUGUGCCGGCGGCCUCAUGGAGGACUCGGCCAUCAAGUGCGAGUACAUGCUCAACGCCAUCCCCAAGCGCCUGUGCCUCGUGUGCGGCGACAUUGCCUCCGGCUACCACUACGGCGUGGCCUCCUGCGAGGCCUGCAAGGCCUUCUUCAAGAGGACCAUCCAAGGGAACAUCGAGUACAGCUGCCCGGCCACCAACGAGUGUGAGAUCACGAAACGGAGGCGCAAGUCCUGCCAGGCCUGCCGCUUCAUGAAAUGCCUCAAAGUGGGGAUGCUGAAGGAAGGUGUGCGCCUUGACCGAGUGCGUGGAGGCCGCCAGAAAUACAAACGACGGCUGGACUCUGAGAGCAGCCCAUACCUGAGCUUACAGAUUUCUCCGCCCGCUAAGAAGCCAUUGACCAAGAUCGUCUCCUACCUGCUGGUGGCCGAGCCGGACAAGCUGUACGCCAUGCCUCCCCCUGGCAUGCCCGAGGGCGACAUCAAGGCUCUGACCACUCUCUGUGACCUGGCAGACAGGGAGCUCGUGGUCAUCAUCGGCUGGGCCAAGCACAUCCCAGGCUUCUCGAGCCUGUCUCUUGGGGACCAGAUGAGCCUGCUGCAGAGCGCCUGGAUGGAGAUACUCAUUCUGGGCAUCGCGUAUCGCUCGCAGCCCUAUGACGACAAGUUGGUGUACGCCGAGGAUUACGUCAUGGACGAGGAGCACUCCCGCCUCGCGGGGCUGUCGGAGCUCCACCGGGCCAUCCUGCAGCUGGUGCGCAGGUACAAGAAGCUCAAGGUGGAGAAGGAGGAGUUUGUGACGCUCAAGGCCCUGGCUCUGGCCAACUCAGAUUCCAUGUACAUCGAGGAUCUGGAGGCGGUGCAGAAGCUGCAGGACCUGCUGCACGAGGCACUGCAGGACUACGAGCUGAGCCAGCGCCACGAGGAGCCCCGGCGGACGGGCAAGCUGCUGCUGACGCUGCCCCUGCUGCGACAGACGGCCGCCAAGGCCGUGCAGCACUUCUACAGCGUCAAACUGCAGGGCAAGGUGCCCAUGCACAAACUCUUCCUGGAGAUGCUGGAGGCCAAGGUCUGAUGGCCCGGCACCCAGACCGACUCCCGCCCGCGGACACACCGGCCGACGGACCACCGCGGAAUGUCCGCGGCCACCAGCCUCGCCCUUCAAGCCCUGUAUCAUGGCCAUGAGCAGCCCCAGAGGAAGGGCGCGCUCGCCUCCGGGCUGUGCACCAAGUCCCGAGUGCAGCGGGGCCGGGGAACAGGGAGGGGAGGGCAGGGUGUGGGCUCAUCUGUAACUGGCUUUUUCUUUGGUAUGUUUUUUCCUUCUCCAUGGGCAGUGCUGAGGUCUGGGCCAGGGCUGACUCCCUUGAGACUGGAGACCAUCGAGGAAGCGCUCCCUCCCUCCGAACCCCCAAGAGAUGGCAGUGCAUAGCCUAGCCCCACCCCCAUCCCCCCCCACCCUAUGCACUGGGUGGGCAGUGCUCAGCGCCCAGGACCCCACCCAAUUCAGGCUGGGUGCCACCCGGAAAUUGUCCCUUCCCAGAGGGCAGGUGCUUUCUUCCAGAGGCUCCGCCUACUCUGAGGUUCUUGGGUUCCCUCCAGAGGCCCCACACCUUCCC